AUGCUGAGCAAACAACUGAACGACCUGCGUGUGCAGAAGCAGGUCCAAGUGUUUGAAGAUAAGAACAUCGAUAAGCUGACCAGGAACAAAUAUAGCCUAUUUAGGAACGUCUACAAGAAUGUAAUAGUCUCCCCAGCUCACGCAGAAUCCAUAAAGAGUUGUCUACGCAAGUUGGUAGGCAUAAACAAAUCGUUUGCAGCCUUCCAUAAAUUGUUCUACCUGGAGGAGAGCGAUGUGCUGCAUAGUUUUUAUGACCAUGAAGGGGUAGAAGAAAAUCUUAUCGGGGAGGAGUAUCAAAAUGGGCAUACAGAGAAUUACAAAACUGACACCAGUGUGGAUGACCAUAUGGAUGACCAAAUUUUUCGGAAGCACAGAGAAUUCUUGACGCAGGAGGAAGAAAACGUUAUCUUGAAAAAAGUGAAAUCAUUCCUAAAAUUGUGCUCCAUUUAUGCAAACAGAAAAGAAGUGAAAAUUCUAAUCGAGUUUUUAAUUUACAAGUACGAAAUAAAUGUGAAAUGUAGUGAAGACAUUUUGUUGUGCAUUUUACCAAACCUUUCCUUACCCCACUUGAGGAACAUUUUGGAGAUUAUUUAUAUAGAAAAGAGUUCUUCCUUUUUCUUCAUAAAUAACUACAAACAUGAGCAGCUGAAAAAUGUCGACCAGUCUGUUUUUGUUCAUCACAUAAAGAGGAACAUAUCGAUAUAUAAAAUUUUGUUCGAGUACGUCGUGGAGUUGAUAUAUAGCAGUGACGUAACGUGUGCUGGUGCCACCGAGGGGGAUAGGCUCAACAGGGAGCCCAUCCCGUAUGUAGACUUCUUCAUCUCAGUCACGGAAGAUAUCAUCCACAGCUACAUAGACAUGCCUGUGCAGAUAAUCGAAUUCUACUGCAACGUGUUGCUGGUACUGUUCAGGAGAUGCGAUAAAUCCUUCGAGGUGAUCAAGUGCGCACACAAAAAGGGGGGAAACGACGACUCUACCACCAGACACAUGGCUUACUCUAUGGCCACGCUUCAAAUCCACCACUGCGUAGAUUUUUUGGAAAAAUUUUUAAAAACCUUCGAAGAUGCAAUUGGCAAGUGCAAAACGGGGUUCAACUUUGACUUUUUGAAGAACAAAAUUUUUUCCUUUUUUGAGACAGAAUUUUUAUCAACAUGGGAGGAAGGACCAAAACCGAUUGGAGGAGGAGCAGAAGAAGGAAUGGCCAGUGAGGCAUCCCCCCAUUCCAGAUUUAUGAAUUCGUUACUUGUCCUUUUAAAUGUAAUUUACAAAAAUGCGCAUCAAAUAUCCUUGGACAGCUUCCUUAAGGACGAACAGGCACACACCGGGGCAACUCCACAACAGGAGAAACUCCCAUCGGAACACCAAAUAAACGAGAAAGUCAUCCAAGGCAUAAUCAACUUUGUGAAGGAAAAUAAGAAAAACUGUUUUGACAAAAAUAUAAACGCCAUUAUACAGAAUGACCAGGCUCUGAGAAAUUUGUUAACUCUCCUAUAUAAGCUUAACAGCACCUACGAAGUGACAGACAAUUUGAUAAAAAUCGUGUUGAUAAAGAGCUACACUUUAAAGCUUAAUUGGUUUCCCCUAGAAGACAUAUUUUUGCAAACGUUAAGAAGUAAACAGAAUUACCUUUUCAAUAUAAUCGCCAUGGUAAAUUUUAUAUCAUUUUAUAUUUUCCUAAUAAAAUCAAGGGAGAACGAACUGGAUGAGGGGAUCUCCAACGGUUCGAAGAUGAAAGGAAGUGUAGAAUCGUCACCCAUGAGGAACGUUGUGGAAGCAUUUAUUGGGAAAAUAUCCCACGCGAAUUCCCUUCACCCUGAGGUUGUAAUACGAAGUGAACACUUGUACCACAUUGUUAAAUUUUUCUUGAAGGAAAAUAGUGACCUUUUUAGGAAAAAAAUUAUUUUGUUCGAACUGUAUAGCAAAAUAGACGAGCGUUUGCUAAGGCUCGUUAAGGGGGAUAACACCAAACUUCACCGCCUGCACAUUUUUAACGCGAUGGAUAAUGAAAAGGUCAAUUUUAACAACCCUGAAGUGGUGGAGAGGGCCAUCAGGAGUGUCAAAUACAUGUAUGAUCAUCGAAGGGGUAGUGACACUGCAGCGGAAGUGACUGUAGAUGAACCAACCGAUUGCACAAAUGGAGAACGGUCAGAGGAGGUGUCAUUCUCCCUAGGGACGAUAAAAAAAGGAAAGAAUUUUUCCAAAUCGAAGCGAAACAUAGAAUGCCUGUACGGGAAAAUAUUCUACCAGCUCAGGCAAAAUAAAAUCCAGAUGGUGGACUACAUGAAGAAGUACGAAAAAGAACUAAUCUAUUUCUUCCCCUCUAAGAAGUAUCUAUACCGAAUAAUGUUUGACGCUUUCAAUGAACUGAAGCAUCGCAACUUUUGUGAAAUAGACAACGAAAGGAACACAUCCUUUUUGAAAUUUUACUUAAAGUUGUUCCUUACCAAAUUGAGCAAGCUGGAAAUUAAGAAUAAAACAAAAUUGCAAAAUGAGAAGUUUUUUAAAAAAUUUGUCAACGUGAAUUUUGCCUUUUUUUUCGUCCUUUAUGACUACCUACGGAAUAAGAAGCUCUACCCGAACAGUUCCUUCUUUUCGAGAAAUAUUUUAUCUGGUAGUUACAAACUGGUGGAGGCCUUUCUAACAUUACUAACAAGGGUGAAAGGCUUAACAGUUGAAGGAUGCUCAUUUGAGGAGUUUUUCCAAGCAGAAAUGAAGCAGCGCCGCUGCGAAAACAUCAAAGGGGUGAUAAGGCACAGCAUGCCCUUCAGGGCACUCAUACUGUGCAGAAUUGCACGCUACUUGUCGGAAGAAGUGGGGAACUCCCUAGAGGAAUACAUAGGUGGAAACAUGCUCCAAGAUGGAGAAGUGAACGAUUGUCCGGUGGAAGGCAAUUGCCCACCCGGAGAAGACUUAAAACGCUUCCUCGUGAACAUACUCAAAUGUGUAUUCAGACACCUCGACAACGUCAGCUCCAUUAGAGAAGAGUCAGAAAGCAACAUCUACAAAAGCACUGAGGAGUUGUUUCAAAAAACCAUAUUACAAUUUAGGAGGAUAAAUUCCUCAGUGACUUUUUACCUGUACUGUAAAUACCUGAACACAUUUCCCCCCAGCAACGAAUACAUCCAGUUUGUGCUCCAAACCUUGGACCUCUUCUUCUGCAUUUUCAAAAUGGAAAAAACGAAGAAGCAUAUAAAAGACAAAAAUAUAUUCAAAACAAUCAUUGCAGAAUUAUAUCGAGUGAGAAUAAAAUUAUUUAAAAAUUUAAAUGUCAAGUCGUUUUAUCAAAGUUUUCUCCUCUCAUUUAUGCUGAUCAUAUUUACAGACAUAUCAAGUUCUUAUCGGCACAUGAAGAUGCUCCAUGGUGCAAAAAAACGUUUUAAAAAUAGCUCCUUUGUAAUCGAUUAUUUUGUCAUCAAUAAGUUGUUUGAAAAGGAGAGGGGGAAGAAAUUCCAAGGGGUCUUUCAUCUAUUGGACGACAAGCAGAAAGAAGGGGGCGGCUUCCCCGAUGUGCAGCAUAAUGGCGAGGGUAACUCCAACGAGAUGAUUUCAGCACCUUCCAAUGAGUACACCGUUACGUAUGUCUUUUCAGGUCGCCAAGGGAAUAGCAAACCAGGAAUAAACUAUGAAGGUUAUGAAGAAAGAAAAUACUACUUGUUCAUUCUUGCCUAUUUAAGUAGACCCUUUUUUGAUACCUUUCUGUCCAAUUUCCAGAACUUAAAUCGGAAAAAAUUUUUUUAUGGGGAAUUUUUGAAGGAAGCUUUAAUACUAGCCUUUUUGAGAAAAAUUAUGCGAAGAAAUUCAUACCCAUAUAAAAUUACCAAAAUUUAUAAGGCCAUGUUGGAUGUUAAAAGUGAAGCUUUGCUGGAGAAGAGGGAACUAUUUCUCCUACUUCAUCUGGUCGAUUAUUACGUUAACGCUUUGGAGAACGCAACUGUAAAACGGGGCAGGCGUGCAGCUAGGCAAAACGGAGGGGAAGUCCCAACGGAGGGAAGCGUCCCUAGUGGGAAUGGUACCACGAGUAAGCUCACCACUUGGAUGAACUACUUCACUGGCCAAGAUAACAGCGCAACCAAGACGAGUGCAUCCCCCUACGUGCCGGCGAAACUCCUCAAAAAAGUGAAUUCACAAAAGUUCCAAAUGAAGAAAUGCUCAGAUGUACAACCAUUGAACAGCAAGAAAAAAAUAAAAAAAAUUAAAUACAGAAAUAUAAUGAACGAUCCAGGAGGGGAAGAAGCGGACAAAAACUUCUUCCAAAAUCUGAAGGGAUUUUUUAAGUACUAUGAAAAUCUGUUCACAAAUUCAUAUUUCAAAAAAGAAGUAGAAAUAAAGGCAAUCUGCGAAGGGGUAAUACAGCACGUCCUAAAUCGUAAGAACAAGUAUCUAACAGUCCAGUUGUUGUGUAUUAGGAACUUUGCCACCAGUUGUCUCUUCACCAAAGAUUUGCAGACAUCCAUUGAAAAAUUAGAAGUAGCCAAUUUGAUGCUUUUUAAGAAAUUCUUUGUGAAGAAGGCGCAUCACGAUUAUCACUCCAUUUUGCUCAUGUGCAAAAAUGUGAGUAGUGUAAAAGAGAGGAACAAAAUAUUGCUGUUUAUGGAGGAGCAGAUCAUACAGGUGGGCAGGGAAGAAGGCCCCUCCGCAAGUCACAUGGCCAUCCUUAAAAUUGUAACUGCGUUGUCGGGUGACGGGGAAGUCGGUGCCGCCUGCAACGAAAGCGCAGAGUUCCCCGUGGAGGACCCCACACACACCGAGUUCGUAGAAACGCACAUUAGAAUAUUUAAAAAAAUUGCCAAGUACGCACAAAUAAACGACAUCCUGUUUUUAAAGCUACUAAAAUAUAUAAGCAACAUUUGCAGCCUUAUAUAUGAAGUGCCCCAGCUGGUAGCGCAGCACUUUUCGCUGACUGGAAAUAAUUUCCUUUCCGAAGUUGUUUCCUUUUUCGAAAGAAAUAUAUUUUACCUGUGUGAGGACGUUACAGCUCAUCUGAAGCCCUUGGCGCACAUUUUGGAUAAAACGAUUAGGAGGAAGAUUUUGCUCUUUGUGCAGGCUACGAAAAGGGCUGCCGCUGGUGCGGUCGAAGGGGAAAGUAGAGGUGAUAUAAGGGCAAAUUCUGAUGCCAAUGCAGAAGGAGAAUCAGCAGAGGAACGUCUAAAUUGCAAGGAGCAUAAUGGAAGUGUAAGCUCCACCCGCAGAUUACCCACGUUGGAGAUUACCCAAGAUGACGACAUGGACAGACACUACCACCUGCACACGUUUGCCUACAUGUGCACAUUUAUUAACCGCAUAUUUAAGAACGAAAUAAAUUUAGAGCACUUCACCGUCCUAGUGAACAAUUUAAUUUUCCUCUUCAACAAAAAAUACACCUCAUAUGUGAUAGCCAUUUGCCUCCUAAACAUAAUAAUAAAAAUUAAGUUGGAAAAAUUACACGCGUGUAAGAACUACCUUCUGGAAAUUUGCUAUGUUUACUUUACCAGCGAUGUAGAUUAUUGUAUCAACAACCACUUGCUGCUUCUUCUGGGGCUGUAUCUCUGUCCACACAGUCCUGAGAAGGAUGAAUUGGUGGAGGGGGGCCACACAAAUGGGGGAGACAAUCCAGCAAAAACAACAGACCUGCAAUCUACGUAUGAAGAUUUAAGCGCUAUUUACCCAGAGUAUGUUCUAUCCAAGCUGAAGUACUUGAAGCCGCAUCUGAAGAAAGUUAAGAACAACCAGAAUCUCUGCCUCAAAAUAAUUUCCCUCAUUUCUAUAGUUAACACUCUGAAUACAAAUGCAAUAAAAUCUAUUUCCUAUUUUAUCUACAUUUUGACGCUACAGAAUUUUGUGCUCUGUUUCUGCUUUGCCAAAGAUAAGGUCAUUAACAGGAAGCUGAACAUCCUCUUUAGGAAAUUUUCCUUUCGAAACACUGAUACGUUUGUUUGGGCCUACGUAUUGGACAAGUUCAAAAUGGGGAGCACCCCUGAGAGGGGAAUUGCACUCGUUGAUAAAUCCUCUAACGAUGCUAACCCGAGGGGGAAUCACUUCGAGGAGGUAUUCUUGCUCAAAUUUUUGCAAAACCUGAACAAGCUGAAGGAUCAGAUCAAAUUCGAGGAGGGAUACAAGAAGUUACUCCGAUGUAGGGAGAAGCUAAACAACCAAAGUAGAAACUCAAACGACAGUGCAGCCCAAUCGGAGGAGCAUUUCCUACUUGACAUUUUUAGUGACCUGCUAAAAAAGGAAACAUAUGAUGAAAACGAAAUUAGUAGUAUCAUGAAAAAGAAGCUAUUCCACUUUUAUGAAUUUCUAAUACAUAAAAUGCUCACCGUGAAUUCAUUGAAGUACCCAAACCUUUUCAAAGAAAUGUCCAUUUUUAUGAACCAGAAGUUGAAUAACGGAACGGAUGUGAAGCCAAUAUUUGACGCCCUCAUUUAUUUUCUGUACACGAGGAAAAAUGACAAGGCCAUCACAUCGCUAAAUCAAAUGUAUAUUUAUAACAUGUUCAAUAAGGCUUUGUUCAAAAUUCAUGUGGAUGAUUGUACCAAGAUAAUUAUUAUAUCGAGGGUGAACGAAAUUUUGAGGACACUAUUUCAGCAGCUGUAUUGCGUCUUACAGAAUGAGCGAAGGAACAAAUGUAGUGCAGCGUUGUCACACGGGGGCCCGUCCGAUGAGGAGGAGGGGGACAUUCCAGGUACAAACAAUAUGCCAAUUAACAGUGCCACUUUUAAGGAACCAAUUUCUGGAAAGGCGAAAAAGAAGAGAACUUUCUCCAGCGAGAUGGACAUGAUAAAUGAAGAAUACAGAAAGUAUUGUGAGCGCGUUGGUCCUUUAAUCAAAGGUCAAUUCAAUGAGGAACCAAUUUUGGAUCUCCACAACCGUAAUGCUCUUCUCGACGUGGAUGACCCAGCAGAUAAGGACCAGACAUACCUGUCCGAUGCAGACUCGGUCGAUUUGUAUUGCACCGUUGGUGAUAACGACGAGGAUAACAACUCAGAGUGCGCCAAACCAAACGGCGUCGCAACAAGUGAAAAAUUGACUGCCACCCAAAUUGCGCAUAUAAAAAGUACAAACAAGUUGAAAGACCUGAACAGUAUUUUCCUCCUGGAUCUUUACCCCCUAAACACAAUAGUAAAGUGUAUAUCAUCGGUGUUGGUUAACUUCCCCCUAUUCACGAAAAAGCAACUAAUUGAAUUAUUCAGAAUUUUGUUUCUAAAAAAUAGCCAUUACAUCCUAAUCAAUGAGAAGAAUGUCCUACAAAAUAACCUGUACAAUUUGAGUAAAGAAAAUAAAGUGAAGCAAAUUGGAAAAGUAAUGAUGAACCCUUUGAAGAAGCUAAAUAUUUAUCACUUAUUUUUUAUUUUUUCAAAUAACCACUUGGAACUUUGCCUAAAGCAUGUAAUGAGAUACUUCAAGAAAAACUUCCUCCAUUUGGUGAACAAAACAACUUACUACAGCUAUGGCCAAUCCGUCGUUUUGAAUAAUGCUCUAUUUGCUUAUCAACAUUUGGUUAUUUUUCAAAACAGUUUAGCUACUACCAAUAAGGGAAGCUUCGAUUUAGGGUUGAGACUCCUCUUCAAUAUUAUAAAAGCGCAUAUAAAUAAUUGUGCUAACUAUGUUACCACGCUGGUUAAUAAAUGGGGGGAUAAAAUAGAGAAGCUUAACGGAGGGGAUUUCUUCACCUAUUAUAGUGACCACCCUGAAGCAGAUAAAACGAUAAUUGACCUAACCGUGGAUGUACGAAUUGAGGAGGAAAACAUUGUCAAGUCUUUAGUGUAUAUGUCUACCAAAAUGAAAUUGUCCUCCUUGGGAAACCUGUUUGAUAAAUUAAUAGCAUCAUUCGAGCAGCCGAAUUUUGAAUCCAACCCGAGUUCCCUCCUGGAUAACUACAAAACUGUAUACGAAAAGAGGAUAUAUUUCCUCUACUUUUACAGGCUCUACCAAAAUUUUGGUACCGUCUUAAGUGAGAAGAAUAAGUACCUUUUCGACCUCCUGAACAAUAUCAAAUUUGUGCUAAUUGCCUGCCAUCGGAAUUGUUGCCAGGUGGGUUCCUCCUCUGCGGGGGGGGCUAUCACGGGAGAUGCUACUAACAACUCGGUGUGUGACGCUACCCAUGAGGAGGAUCUCCAAGAAGACCCUAAUUACAACAUAGAAUAUACUACAACUACCGAGGGAACAAAACGAAGGAAGGUAAAAAAAGGGGCAAUCAGAAGCACUUGGUAUUGGUUCGACCUGGGUUACUGCACUCUCCUAUGUCUGUAUGAAAUUCUAAAAAAUGAAAAAAAAAAUCAAAAAAAUUUCACCCCCAUAUAUUACCAAACCUGUUUCGAUUAUGUCAUAAACUGUUUCGAUAUUUUCGCAUACCUUCCAAGAGUACACACAAACGAUCACUUCAAAAACAGCAUCAACGAAGACGUCAUAAGAUAUAGCGAACACUUGGACAUGAAAAUGGUUUCUAUUGCCCUUUUGGACAUUUUAAAGCUAAUCCUAUUGGAGCUCUACUCCUUAUAUAUAAAUGACCCGGAAAAAAUACAAAUCAUGACCAUGAGACUUUCCUUAAAAAAUGAAAAUAACAACACCAGCCCUAAUGUUACCCUGUGCAUAAUACUGACCUUGAAAUAUAUUUACGACACUAUUGGAUAUAAGGAAUUACUCUUCGCAGUCACAGAUUUGUAUCAGCUAUUUUCAGAACUGAAUGACCAUCCUGAUGACGAAAUAGAAUUUGUCACGAAGGAGUGGUUCGCUUCGAUAAGUAAAUUCUCGGCUGAGGCGUGA